AUGAUGGUUCCUGAAGAAGGUUUCCAUGAAGUCUCCGGAGUACCACGUAAACAAUCGGUUCCGUGUCGGAUUGUGCGACCUGGAUAUAUAAUGCUAUUUAAUGAUUUUCAGAAGCAGAUGGAUGAUAUUUUACGUGGUCAAGAAGAUAAUAUAUCACAUCGAUCAAAAAAUCGAAAUAGAAAAGUUCGUCAAAUUCAACAAAGAUUUGUUAUGUUAAAAAAAGUCAAUGCCAUUUUUACUUAUAGAUUAAUUGAAAAAGAAAGAUUCAACCAAGAGAUCGAUGUGAUUACAGCCGAAAUAAUUACUGAAGGAACAAGCUCAACUCCGAAAACAGCUAUUCAAGAAAAAGAUGAUGAUAAUGAUGCAUUUGAAACGCUCAUGGAAGUCAUUAAUGAAAUCGAGAGCAAAGAAAUAAUCGUUUCAAAAAAUGAUCCAAAAUUUGUUGAACUUUUAAAUAAUUUGAAAUCAUCGUCAUCAUCAGAUCAUUAA